UCUCGGCAUUCACAUACAGAAGCGUGUAUCUCACUCGGUCACUCUGUGUCUCACUAUAGCUCUCACUCCAUAUCUCUCUGUCCUCAGCCGCGCGGGAAGGCAGCGCUUCACCGACAUUGUUCCAGCGGGAGCAGCCAUGCUCAUGUGUGACUAUCCAGUCAAGGCAGACAGGGAGACGGGUUACUCAUCCUUGGUGAAGUCUCAGGGCGAAGCGUACGGCGCCAUGUUCUCCAUCGGCUCUCAGCCCGCCGCACAGUACUGCUACCCUCACCACUACCGUCCGUAUCACAGCCCUCCGCACACACACCUUCACCCACACACUCCGCCUCACAGCGGCGCCGCUCCGGCGCACGCGCAGAUGGAGCCCGUGGACCUGUCGCUCAGCAAGAAGUCCUCGCCUCCGCCGUCGGCGCCGUCCUCUUCCUCCUCGCCGUUAUCGUCCUCGGCGUCGUCCUCCUCGUCCAGAGCCACGCCCCCCUCUCCGUACGAGCACAUCAGCUGCUCCGACUCCAUGAACAUGCCGCUGUCUUUCUCCACCUUGGUGACUCCGCUGGUUUCAGCUUCAGGUACAGGUCUCAUCCCUGUCCUGUCCAGCGUCAUCCUGCCCCACUUGCCCUUGCUGUACUCGCCCCACGUCCUGCCCUCGUCCAUCAUCCUGCCCUCGCCCACCUCGCUCAAAUCUGACUCCGCCCAGGACCACCAGCCGCCAAUCAAAUCCGAGCCUCAGGGCGAGCUCGCUCCCGGCCCACUCAGGCAGGAAAUUCCAUCACCUCCGAUGCCGACCUUUAACGGUGGGAACAAACACUCGGUGAUUAUAAGCCCCCCUAAGGCGGAGUCUCCUGACCCGCUGAAGAAGCGACGCACCCACAGCUGUGAUUUUAAGGGCUGCAAUAAAGUGUACACGAAGAGCUCGCACCUCAAAGCCCACCGACGUACACACACAGGAGAGAAGCCGUACAAGUGCUCAUGGGAAGGCUGCACGUGGAAGUUCGCACGUUCCGACGAGCUGACACGUCAUUACCGCAAACACACCGGAUCCAAGCCGUUCAAGUGCUCGGAUUGCGAGCGCAGCUUCUCGCGCUCCGAUCACCUCGCCCUGCACAGGAAGCGCCACCUGCUGGUGUGAGCGCAGCGCCGAUCCAACCUGUGCACCUUCCAGACGGACUGCACUAUUAUUUAACCGGGUGUAGGGGUGUUCCAUACGCAGUCACAAACAACAGAAGACUUCCUGUAUCCGUAUCGUAUCGUCUGGCCACCAAAGCCUGAUCUCUAACAUCAGCCUUUAAUGGACUCUAAUAGACUCUUCUUAAGUACUUCUGUCUCUUUUUAUAUCUCUUUCCUCAUGACUUCACACACAAUUCUGUCGGCCGCCCUCUGCUGGUCAAAGGGUUCAUCGUAUACUGUAUAUACACACAUACACACACACACAGCUCGGGUCAAUCCUGAAUAAUGUGAAUCCUUUUUUUUUUUUUUUUUUUUUUUAAAUAUAUGGUAUAUAUUAGUCAGGAAAAUCUUGUAAGUUUUUAAUUUUGUAACAUCACAUACACACACACACAGAUACACACACACACAUAAAUGUAGGCAGGUUUUUAAUCACAAAAUCGUUUUUCAUGCUUAUUUCAUUUGUUUUGGUUUUUGCAUGGACUUUAUUGAUAUUUUAUCCAUAAUCUCUGGUGUUUGCAAUCCGGUGUUUUCUGGGUUAUAAGACGUAUAUUUUGACCUCUAAUAAGCGGAAAAGAUUAAAAUGUUCUUACUAAGGUCCUGGGAAAGUGUUAUAUUAGAAUACUAAGCUUUGUUAUUAAUAUUAUUAUUAUUAUCAAUUCUUAAUAUUAAUAUUAACAUGAUAAUUUAAUACCAAAAUAUAGAGAAAACUCGUCCUAAUAUUUACCUUUUCAUGCACAUCUGGAAAUAUGAGACAGAUGGAAAUUAGUGUUUCAAACGUAUUUGCGUCAUUGUCCACUAGAGGGCACUAAAGUCAAAGCAACAAACAGUUAUCCAUUUUUAUAAGUAGUUUCUUUUUUACAUGUAUAUUAUACAUGUCCAACAGGGGGCGCUCUGUUUGUUUCAAUUUUUUUGGUCUCAAUAGGCAUAAAAGGCCUGUGUCUUCUACUUCAGAAAACAGUGUAUAUAUUAGAAACAAUUGCUCACAGCAUCACCAGACUCUGUUGUUGCAGCGCGUCUACAUCCUUUUUUUUUUUUUUUGUUUAUUACGUAAGUACUAUGUACUGUAUCAGGACCCUGUACUUGCACAUUGAGUAACGAUGUUGUUUAGUGCAGUUGCAGUUUUGUCUGUAAAGAGUGUGUGGAAGGGUGCUAAAACUUUUAGCACAAUAACCUUGAAUGGUCUGGUAAAUUCUACUUCAAGUCUACCGUUUUUUUUUUCAGCAAUGCACCCAGCGUCCUCUUUAGAAAGCUCUUCAAAUACUCAAGCAAACACACAGUUAGCUGCUAUGUCGUAGCAUUGAAUUACUAGCGAUAGAGUUAGGUUUGAAUGCAUGCUUGCGGCUGUGGACGGACGUUCAGGGCUGUUGUGCAUGGAAGCAGUCUGGGGUUCAUUCAUUGUAUUUACACAGAUAAAUGUGAAUCAUUUAAAAAGGGCAUUAUGGUAAUGGAGUUUGGUUUGGUUGUGGGGAGUGUCAUUUCUUUUUGUCACUUUGCGUAGCACAAGGAUGCAAGUGUGUGUGUUUGGAAAAUUGCUUUUUUAUGUAAAGAACUUUGUAAAGCUAAAUGUGCACUUUAAUCUCAUCAGCAAUAAUCAAGCAGUUAUCAAUAAAGGGAAAUUUCACACAUGGAAUUUCAGAAUUGAAAUAUAAAAUUCAACUUUUGAAGAAAAGGAAAUGUAUCUCAAAGUUUAAAGAAAAUGUUUUGAUAUUUUUAAAUUCAAAAGUUUAAUUUUGAAAUAAAAAAAAAUUAUUUCUUAAAUGCAUUCGCUCAAAUGAAAUGUUUUGUUAUUCUGAAAAAGUGAAGUUUUUAAACAUUAAAGAAGAAAAAUUAUGAUUUUAAAUAAUAUAUAUUUAUGUUGGCCCCUUAACAGUGCUAACAUUACCGAUUAUAACAUACACCAAACACACCUAGGUUGAAUCUAAGUAUUUAGCAAAAUUUUCACCAACACACCUUUUCUUUUACAUUUUUAUGGAAAAUUAAAAAAUAAAAACAACUCCUUAUGGCUAGCGUAAAACACAUGUGACAGAUUAGCACUUCAUUUCAGAUCUCAUCCCUGUUGUGUUCCACCUAAGUGUAUCCGGAAUGUAAUUAUUUUGAGGUUAAACAUGCGGGCAGUGAUUUAACCUGGCUAAUUAGCAUUCUGGCUAGACCGUUUUGCUGUACCAACUGAUUGUGUAAGGAAAUAAAAUUAAAAGCUAGCUCUGUUUUACAUCACAUGCAGUAGCGCUUACAUUAUGUUGCUAUCUGCUAAUGACCUGAUUAGCUAGCUAUCAACUCGCUAGCUAGCUACGUAUAGGUAUCUAGCAUUUUUGUAGCAUGUAUGCGUUAUUCAUCCCACUAGAAACCUGUUCUGGGUUUGGGACACGCCUUUUAACUUGAUGCACAGACAAACGGACUGAAAGAUAAAAAAUGAUGAAGUCACAACACAUAGAGAAACCCUAUAGUGCACACUGUAAUCUAUUUUUAAGGAUUGUUAAUAUUAAAGGGAAUUUAAAGGAAUUUUAUACAUUUUGUGAUUUUUAUGAUGGAUUUUUACUUUCGACAAAUAUUAUGCAUUUCUUUGAAGAUGUGAUUCGUUAUUUUCUGGAGCUUCUGUCUUUUCAUGAGUUUAUUUGUUUAUUUUUUUUGCUCUUCAAAGGGAAUCGUAUAUCAAGCUGUGAAAAUAUAUAUUAUUUUAUGCUGUACAUACUAAUACGUAUUAUUUUAAAUAUGUGACGUAUCACUGAAUAAACUUUAUCUGUGCAAUUUUUGGCAAAAAAA